CAUGUCUCUCCCUCGCUCUUCCUCGAUGGCGUCCGACACGGACAAGAAGGUCGAUGCCCCGACGUACAUUGAGAAUGCUGCGCCAGUCAUGCCUUCUACCACCGGAUCAUCUAAGAGGGUCGGAGACGCAGCUCUGGAUGUGCUAGGUGACGCCUCCACGCCUGUCCAUAUUACGGCAGAACAGGAUGCUCGCGUUCUUCGGAAGAUUGAUAGGUGGUGUAUGCCCGUGAUCCUCAUGGUCUAUUUCUUGCAGCAGUUAGACAAAUCAUCCCUGUCGUACACGUCGGCGUUCAACAUUGUGCAAGAAACUCACCUUCAUGGCAGCCAGUAUAGCUGGCUGGGUAGUAUCGUCUAUGUUGCGCAGCUGGUGUGGCAGCCGGUCUCCUCUUAUCUCCUCGUCAAGCUCCCGGUAGCCAAGUACCUGUUUGUUCAUGUCUUCAUGUGGGGUGUCUUAGUGGCUUGCACGGCGGCCGCUAAGAACUUCGGUGGCCUUCUGGCCGUGCGGUUCCUACUGGGUAUAUUCGAAGCCACUGUCGCGCCAUGCUUCAUCAUUAUCACGCAGAUGUGGUGGCGUCGGAGGGAACAGACCCUGCGGCUUUCGGCAUGGAUGGCCAUGAACGGCGUUGCCGGUGCUGUUGGAUCCCUCUUGGCCUAUGGCCUGGGACAGAUUGAUGGAAGGUUGAAACCCUAUCAGACGAUCUUCCUAUUCAUUGGUUUAUUGACUGUUGCUUGCUCUUUCGUUGUCUUGUUUGUCCUCCCGGACUCCCCCACGAAGGCGCGGUUCUUCAGUCACGAAGAGAAGGUCGUUGCUCUCGAACGGCUGCGCUCGAACAAUCAGGGCACCGAAGCUAAAGUGUGGAAGUGGGACCACGUAUGGGACCUAGCCACUGACUUCAAGACCUACCUGUGGUUCUCGCUGCUAUUCCUUUGCGCGCUGCCGAGCGGUGGUCUGAGCAGCUUCGGUCCACUGAUAAUUAAAGGAUUUGGAUUCGGAACCCUCGACACCAUCCUCUUCAACGCUCCCUUCGGGAUUUUUCAGGUUAUCAUCACUCUCCUCUCAGCCUUGAUCUCGCAGAGAAUCAAGCUGAAAUGGCCCGUUAUUUUUUUCUUGUCCCUGCCGCCUAUUGCUGGCGCAGCUGCGCUGAGGGUCCUUGGUAGGGGUACAGAGCUGAAGAAUACGCUGCUGGGAUGCUAUUAUGUUUUGUCAUUCUCUACCGGUCUUCAGCCUAUGUUGUACACUUGGGCAUCUCAGAACACUGCAGGGCAUACCAAGAAAACAGCUAUCACCGCAGUUAUCUUUGUAGCCCAAUGCGCAGGGAACAUUGCUGGGCCACAGCUUUACCGUACUGAGGAAUCUCCGUACUACCACCGUGGUCUCAUUGGCAGCUUAACAUGUUGGAUUGCGCUCGCGCUUAUUACUCUGGUGACCGCUCUCUACCUGCACAUCCUGAACAGAAAGCAAGCCGCCAAGCGGAGGCGUAUGGGCAAGAAGGGCGAAGUCAUCGACACUUCCCUGGAGAGUUCCAAGGCAGCGUUGAAGAUGAGGGAGAAGGCGUUGGAAGAGAAAGGAGGAGAAGAGGCACAGCACGAGAACGCGGCCGCGAUCAAUGAGAAGGCCUUUGACGACCUGACGGACAGGCAGAAUGAGGAUUUCAUUUACGCGCUUUAG